GAAUGUAGUCACUACAAUGUCAUAUGCUUCUGAACAAGAUAUUCAAUGGCCUCCUAAUCGGUCGGAUAUAUUUGUCGUUAUAUGGAAGCAGCACAUCUAUCUGUUCCGAAUAGAAGAACCAACAGCUGCCGCUGACAAUACGAAAAGUUUCAUCAUAGGAUCAAAUAAUAUAUUUCCACAGUGUGUUGCGUGGGUGUCCAGUACGAAUAAAGCGAGUCUUGAUGUAGUUCCGGAUCAUUUGAUUGCUGUUACACUCAGUGGUGGAUGUAUAAGACUUAUAGGACUUCCUGAAUCAAAUGUGGAGGAAGACAGAUUUGGCUUGCAAAACAAAGAAUUAGUACCCAGAUUUACAAGAAACACCAUUUUUCUUGCUUGGAAUCCAUGGAAACGUAACUUGCUAGCUCAAGGUUUAGACAAACCUCGUAACAGCAGAGAACCUUCGGUAUUAAUAUGGGACGUAACGAAGUAUACUGGUUCACGCCCGGUCAACACUAAGUCUGCUGAGCGGGAUACAGUUUGCGCAAGUGGUCUACAUGCGCAUUCAUAUUCAUUGCCGUUCGCACUUACUGGUUUGGAUUACAGUGCUUCAGAUUCCAAUACUUUGUAUCCACUAGUCUCUAUAUAUUCUUCAAAGAAGGAGUGGAUAUCUGACAUAACUACAUGUGAUAAGUCUCUGUGUGAUAUAGGGAUACAAGAUACUGUGUCAUCAUUUGCGUGGCUUUCAAAAAGUUCCUUCAUUGCAGGGAUGUCAGGCACGUACUUGAAAGUGUUUGAUUUAUCUGACCCUUCAAAAGCUUCUCAGACCGUUACCACUAGGGCAGUGAAUGGUUUAACAGUUGAUCCGUUAUGCAGUAAACGUUUCGCUUCAUUUUGUGAGCGGCAAAUUUCUAUAUGGAGACUGGAUAACUUGGAAAAACCUGUUUACACAUUUUUUGAAUCUGGUGAUGUCCAACAAAUUAAAUGGAGUCCUUUAAGAGAGGCUUGGUUAGGUGUGUUGUUGACAGAUUCUUGCAGUGUGAAAUUGUAUGAUACCUAUCCCAUGUUUUGUCAGCCUUUAGAAGAACCUGAACAAAUUCCAGUAGAAAGAUUAUUCUUUCCAUCAAGUAGGUCGAAUGUCAGUCUGGUAGCAUUCAGUUGGCAUCCAUCUAUUAUGAAUUGUUUGUUAACCUUGGAUCGUGAUGGUUAUAUGGAUGUAGCUCAUCUUGUGGAACGUGCAGCUAUUGGUUGGUCAGCUAACCAAACAUUGGUUUGGUCCUACGGUUGUGAUUGGACUGCUUUCAGCUCAACAGGAAUUACUAGCAGUAACUCAGAUGCAUUAAUGGAAUUUUUGAAUUCUUUUGAAACUAAACACUUAGAAAAGACCAGCAGUACGAAUAAUAAUGAUAAUAGUAGUAGUAACAGUAAUACUAAUUAUGUUUCAUCGAAAACAUCUGAUUUAACAUAUCAGAAUAGUAAAGACAAAGAUGAUAUGAAUACAUGCGAUGAUUGUAAAACACAAACAACUCUCUUCUCUGAAUUGAAACAAACUCUGGAAUCAGAUAUCUCAGUUGUUAUGCAAAAACGUGCCGAACUUGGAUAUGGACUUGAUGCUGAAGGUGCCACGUAUGUUGAUAUUGUCAAGGAUGAUGCUCAAUUGAGGACAAUGUGGACGUGGAUUAAAUAUAUCAAUGAUUAUAUGGAUGACUCCUUGAUGAGACGUCGCUUAGAAGUUGAAUCAUCUCAGUCGAAUUUCUCAAGCAACCAACGUGAUGGCGGUAGCACUUCCAUCUCCAGACGCCGUGUACCAUCAAGGUGUUUAGGUGUAAUUUCAGUUGUGUGCGAAAGUCCUUUAUCACCUGGUGCUGCAUUUACAAGUGAAGUUAUCGAGCACGUUGAAUGGCAGGGAAUAGAUGCUAAGUUACCAUUCUCACGAUACUGGAGUCCUGAAAGGUCACGUGUUCUUCGUCUGUGUAUGUGGCCGUUGGAUGAUACAGAUGUUGUGCAACGUCCGGUUUUUGAAAGCUUGUGCUCUGAAGGACAAUACGAACGAGCAGCUGCAAUGGCCUUAAUGAAUUUAAAAUUUGACUGGGCCUUGAGUUUUUUGAAUAGAGCAUCUUCAGAUUCUGAUAUCGGUUUAGUUGCGUUGGCUUUGGCUGGCUAUACGGAUACACGAAAUGAAUUAUGGCGUACAACAUGUGCCAAUCUAAUAAAGCAUGUACAAAACCCUUACCUACGUGUCAUGUUCAUGUUUUUAAGCCGUCAAGGCGGAGAUUUUGAACCGAUAUUGAAUGAUGAUGCUCUAUGCCUUAUUGAUCGAGUUGCUUUUGCUUGUCUAUACCUGAAUGAUGACAGUCUUGUCAGUUUUGUACGUUCUACUUGUCGUACUAUGGUAAAACGUGGACAACUAGAAGCUAUCCUAUUAACUGGCCUAUGCUCAGAUGAUUUUAUUACUCUAAUACAAAAUUAUGUUGAUAUAACUGGUGAUGUGCAAUCAGCUGCGAUUGUCGGUUUACAUGCUAGCCAGCUGUCUUCGAAUGAUUCCACUACAUCGAUAACUAGCAAUGAUAAUAAACGAACAGAUACUAAUAGUAAUGGAAUGAAUACUCCACGUCGUUCACAGAUCGGGUUGAAUAAUAGUAUACGUUCAGUAAAUCUAGAGAAACGAUUAUCUACACCGAUUAACAGUGGAGGGGGAGGCGGAGAAGGACGUAAUUCAUCGUCUAAUGAAGAACAGAUUACUCUGGUUAAACUUGGAGGCCCUAGAUUAGCUAAUUGGGUUCAAUGUUACCGUGAUCUGUUGGAUCAAUGGCAAAUGUGGUUCUACCGGGCUGAUUUCGAUAUCACGUACAAAUCACGUCUCUUAUCCGAUUACAUGUCAUCAGGGAAUAGUUCUAAAAGUCAUGUUUCAAGUUCAUUAUUGAUGUCAUCGAAAACUGUUGAACCUGAUACAGGUUCUGUUACUAUAAACAAUAGUACAACUUCUUUCAAUAGUAAUAGUAGUCCUACUGUUAGCAGUGCUUCCACAUCUAGUGUUACUAAUACACUACAUGGCGUUAAAGUUCGAAGUAUUGGAUUAGUAGCUGGUGCUAAUCAAGUGUUCGUUGCCUGUGGUUUUUGUGGUUGGCGUUUAGAACCUCAGAGUAAUAAAGUGAAUGUAUCAUCAUUGGGGUCUGCUGGUACUAGUGGUACAAGCGUCAGUGGAAAUAACACCCAAGCCAAUAACAUUUCUACUGCUGGUGUCGUUACUAGCUCAUCUAUCAUUGAUACAUCAUGUUCUUCUACAGCGUCUAAUUUACAAAUGCAUGGUGGAGGUGGUAAGCAAACAAUUUGUCAACACUGUAGAAAACCUCUACCUAGAUGUUCGAUAUGCUUAAUGCAUUUGGGUACAUCAAUUCCUUCGAAUGAAUGUAUGAGGAUAUCUACGGGUAGUAGAGGUGAAUCAAUGCUCCGACAAAUCGCUUUAACAUCAGCACCAAAGUUGUCAGUAGACUUUGUAAAAGCUAUGCAGAUUGGUAUUACAGGUGCAACAGUUCCACCACCUGCAGAUACUGGGAAUAAAAAUAACCAGAAAAAUGUAUACUCAUCAACACGAAAAUCUUCAUUAUUGGCCAAUUCAACCUGUGUUAUAGCUGAUUGGUUUGUUUGGUGUCAAGCGUGCAGACAUGGUGGUCAUGCAAGUCAUUUAAUUGAAUGGUUUUAUGGUGAUUCAUCAGAUUCAAGUGAUAUGGGUUAUUUGAAAGAAUGUCCAGUUAGCGGAUGUCAAUGUAGAUGUGCUGUACUGGAUGGUAGUCAAAUAUUAUCACAAAUGGAUUUUAAGCGUUUAUCUAUCAAUAGUAGUGCAGAUUCAGAAGAAUCUGGUUCAGUUAGUGAUGAAUUAAUUGGAUUAGAUGAUAUUAUGCUUCAGCAUAUUUUUUAAAUAUAUUGACCAUUCUCAUCGAAUGUUGUUUCAAGACUAAACACUAGACGAUUCUUUGUAUUAUGCGAUAUGUAAAUAUUAAUGACAUGCUGUUGGCACUUUUACAAUUCAAUCUCAUUAAAUAUCAUAGUUUAAAUUGCUUUCUUUGUACUGAACCAUUUGACUUUGAUUCACAAAUAAAGAUAUUUUUCUGUACAAUGUGGACUGAUAUUACUAGCAUUACUACUUACUUUAUCAGUUCUUUUUUUAAAAAAUAAAGCAAUAUCAAUUU